AUGCGCACGAGCCUGCUUUUGCUGGUUCUGGCCGCGCUGUUAAUGCAGUCUGCAUAUGGUCGUCAUGAAGGAAAUCGAAAAGGAUAUAAAUUGUUUGGACAACGCGGGCGUUCGAACGACGAAGAACCUCGGUUUAUCACAGCAUGGAUGAAUAAGAAGACAACAACAACUACUCCUAAGCCAACUACUACUAUUACUACGGGACCAGAACCACCAACAACAUGUGAACCAUAUGAAGAGGAAAUUAAAUUUGAUGAAGAUGAUGAAUACAACUAUGAAGAUGAUAGUGAAGUGGUAGAUAACGGUGCUUUAGAUCGUAGGCCCAGAUUCGAUCAAAAUGAAUUACUUAAUAUUAACAACAAUAUGAAAGGUGAUGACGACGAACCCAAGGAUGAUGAAGAAGAUGAUCCCAAGGAAGAUGAAGAAGAAGAAGAUGAUGCCAAGGAAGAUGAAGAAGAAGAUGAUGCCAAUGGAAAUGAAGAAGAAGAAAAUAAAGAAGAGGAAGAGGGAGCUCGUGGCUUAAGUCGCUAUGUUAGACCAAAAUUCAAUAGCGAAUAUGAUGACGAUGAAAACGAUUUAGUUAAUCUCAGCAAUGAAAAGAAUGACUUGACCACCAAUCCCGAAGAACUUGGUCGUGCUGCACGAUCUCGCAUCUCAAACUGGCGCCGUCGUCAAAUGAUGCGCCGCCGUCGUCAACAGGCUAUGAGACGCAGACAACGCAUCAUCCAAAGAAAUCGCUUGAGGAACUUCAGAAAGAAUCGAAAUAAAAACAGUUAUCGUAAACGUUUGCAAAGACACCGCAGACGUGAAAUGAUUCGCAGACGCAAUCGUAUUCAAAAAAUGCGUCGCCAGGAGAUUCUUAGACGUAGACGCCUAGCAGCAAGUCGUCGCAGAGUAGCACUUCGCCAUAGGAAACAACUAAUGAGAAUUAGAAGGCAACGUAUUAGGGCUCAAAGACGCCGUGCUAACAUAAGACGCCGCAAUCGUAGACGUCGCCGCAACAGGAGAAAUCGUAUUAGACAGCAAAUUCGUUUACGUCGUUUUAGACGCCGCCCUGGAAGGAAACUGGUUAUCCGCCAAGUUUAA